CGGUGUUCCAUCGCACCACGACAGACGCACGACAUUGGUGCCAAUCGAUGCACCGUGCCGCUCCAACAAGAUGUCUUCUUUACUGACCGAUGAGGAGCGGGAAACGUACACGAAAAUCAUCGACGGAAUUCUAGCAGAGGCCGAUCUGGAGACCAUAACUCGCAAGAAGAUCCGUCAAGGCUUAGAGGAUGUAGUGAACAGGGACCUAAGCGAUCAGAAGAACGCUAUCAAAACGUUGAUCGAAGCUCGCUUCGACGCCAUAUCCAACGGAGCUGCACAAGAGUUACCAACACCUACUUCAGGCGCAGCUGCCGAGUCGUCACCGGCCAAUGGACGCUCGGCGUCCGAUGACGCAGAUGAUACGGGCGCCGACGGUGAGAUACAGGUCUCACUCCCAACCCGUAAAAAGCAGAAGCGGGAGAGCUCUAGCGAGGAUGCGGACGCACGUCUGGCUGCCGAGCUCCAGGCUCAAGAGAACAGACUGUCCCGCGGGCGCGUGACUCGCGGUGCCGGUUCCGCUAAGCCUAAGGCGAAACCGAAGAUUACAAAGAAGAAAAGCUCUAAGCGGGUGCGCUCCGACGAUGAGAGCAACGCGGAGGAUUCUGGUACCGGUGAUAAGCCGAAGCGGAAAGCGGGGGGCGGCUUCCAGAAGCCGUUCAACCUCAGUUACCCACUGCAGGAACUGACGGGAGAAACCCAACUGUCCCGCCCCCAAGUCGUCAAAAAGAUUUGGGCCUACAUCAAGGGAAACUCUCUGCAGGAUCCCAAUGACAGGCGCCAAAUCCUGUGUGACGAGAAACUGCAGGCCGUCUUUAAGCAAGACAAGGUCAAUAUGUUUUCGAUGAACAAGCUUCUCGGAAACCAACUCUACCCAAUCGACGAGUAGUCCAUGUAAUCGGCUUUAUGAGGCUGGGUUUACGGACCGGAUCGGCGUGCUCGGCGUCUCGGAACAAGUUCAGUUGGUUCAAGGAGUAUGGGGGUAUGCCUCUUCUCGUUUUCCAUCUUUUUU